GAAAGCUUUUCUGCAAAAGUAUCAAAAACAAGCUUCUGCAAGAAGACAUGGAGCGCACAACUUUAUUUGCUCCAUCUCAGACUUGGAAAGGCCCCAACGUUUCAACAUUUUCCUCUGAGUGGGAUGACUCCUUGAACUCCUACCUUCUGGCACCUGAUGUUAUCAAACCCCCACCACAAUUUCAGGAUCCAGUGGAACCCUGCCAGUCACCACCAACCAGCUCCAGUGCAAUUAGAAGAAGAGAUAAAGCAACGGUUAGGACAGGUACCAAGCCAAAGGAUCGCAAAAGCAGACCUGCCAGCGCCGUCGAGCCCCACAAACGUUCACUGUCCCUUUCCACGGCCGUGAACUCCAACCCAGUUGGAACACGGCGUCGGUGUGAGAGCUAUGCUCUGUCAUAUUCCAGCAGCAGCUCGGACGACAGUGGCAGUGAUAGCACCUCUGUAAAGAAAGGAGAUCACAUUCCUGGUGCAGUGCCUCAGCGCAGGGCUCGCAGCAUCGUUUUGAAAAAGGCAAAAAGGAAACCAUCACCACCUGUACGGACAGUGUCUUUGAACAGACUUGCAGAUUCGAAGCUUCCAGAACGCAGAACACAAAGCCUGUACAUUCCCAAUGAUGGUCAGAGUGCCAUGCUCCUUCCUGACCUUAUUCCAUCAAGUCAAAAGAAAGCUGGUGAUUCAGAGUUGACCACAAUCAGCUCUGAAGCACCAGAAAAGGUUCCAGUGAAUCAGCCCCAUUUCAGUCACAGAUCGCAAAAAGACUUAAGGUUUGUUGAUCCAUGCAAGUCUAGCACAAGCUCCUCUGGAGAAACUCCUGGAAAUGAAGCUACAAAAGUCUCUAGUAAUUCCGACUGCAAUAACUCCCCAUCGUCCUCUCGAUCGUCUCCCUCUCAACGCUCCAUCUCGUCCCCUACCAAACCACCAGGUUCAGCCUCUCCCUCCAGUGGUUACUCAAGCCAGUGCGAGACACCCACUCAGUCAACCUCUAUUACAACCGGACCUUCUUCACUUGGCUGCAGGAUGCGUCAAAAACCUCCUAGUGCCAGGAACUGCAGAUCAAGAUUAUCCCUGCAGUUACCAGAAAUGCAAGCUUCUAGCUCUAAUCCUGAACCCUCCACUGACCUGCCAAAACCGAAUCGUCGUUAUUCCGAUGCCUCAAGACCUAAGCAGAGACUGAGCAACAGCAUACUGGCAAUGCCUAUGGUGACUCUGGAAGACCUGAACAAUGUGCGCUUACGUUCAGUCAGUAGUUCUGAACUGGACUCUGCAGCAGGAAUGGUCUCUGGGGUCAUCGAGGAGGAGAACGAACAAGAUGCUAGCUCGGUUGCAUCUCAGAACAGUCCAAAAACUAAACCCCCAGUUGCACCCAAGCCAGCUAAACGGCCAACUAAUGCUCUCCCAGCAACUGAUUUUGGCACAGCUACUGCUACAGAUCCACUGGUACGAAAUCCAAAUUACAAACAAGAAAGCAUUUACUCAACGGUAAACAAAAUCAAGUCUACCAUUGUUCUUCCUGCCAGAAGUGACCAUGAGCAAGGGAAGGAGCAUAUAAAGGAGACCAGACGCUCACAAUUCCAGUGCGGUACUGGGGUGGUUACAAAUGUUCAGACCUUCAACACUGCCACUGAUGGAAACCCAUGUGAAUCACAUAAGACUAGAAAAGCACAAGGUCCCCCAGUUUCAAAAAGACCAAACAUGGUCUAUUUAUGUGAUAACACUAGACUGAAGAAGUCCGACAAGCAUAUCCAGUCACCUCACAGUUCUCAACAAGAAUACCAUGUGACAGUGUAUGGGCUUAUUCCAACAAAUGUACAUGCUGGUGACAAUAAACAAACAAAUGCAUCCAAUAUACCUGAUCAUGAAUGGUAUGAUAAAGAGGAGGGGCAAAUGCCAGACAUUGGUGCAUUACAGUUGGUAAAUGAAGAGGAUGAGGUUUUUCUUCAGCAGCCAGAACCUCACACAACAGAAGACUUGUUCACCAUCAUUCACAGGUCUAAAAGAAGACUUUUCGGUCGGAAAGACUCUUUCGAUAACAAGCAAAGUGACUUUGGUACUCAAACACUUGGUGAUGUUUCUACGACUGGUUCCCAAAACGACAACUUCAUGGCUCUUCUGAGGAGGACAAGAAGUGCUAAGGCCAGCUGUGGGAGUCGAAUCUCAGCCACAGAGCUUUUGAGGAGCUCAAAACCUGCAGCUCCUGGAGCUGCGGAGUUAACCAGUUACAAAAAACACAACAUGAUGCAGUCACAUUGUCCAUGAGCUGUUGCUUUCGAUGUUGUUUUAGCUUUAAAAUUAUUUUACAUUAUUGCUUGUUUAAACUUGUGAACAGUUAACUUGUAAAUAUCUUAUGCUUUUUCAGUUGUCAGUUUAAUAUUUUUAACAAAUUAAUCUAUUGUUUUAACAAGUUCGGUAACUAAAUAAAAAGAUUAAAAUGCGUUAUAUGAAUAAAUCAUGUAAAAGAAAUUUAUAUUAUGUAAAUUGCAAAAAAAUACUUGUUAAAAUGAAUGCAGCAGAAGCUAGUUUUCAUCUAAAUGUUAGUUAUACUUUGUUAUACCAUUAGUUGUCUUGGAACUAGUUGUCUUCUACACUAAGUGAAUGUAAUAUUUAGUAAAACAGAAUAAUUAUGUUGUACU